AUGCAUGCCAAGCCUGAGGUGGUCAAAGAGGUCCUCACUGCAGCAACUGGAACUGGGGAAGCUCCAGUUGCCUGCCGCCGCCUGCGCGCUAGUGCCGCAAAGUGGGAUUGCUGCCAGAACAACUUUGUAUCUCAUCAAAAGAAAAUCGGUCGAAACACCACAGACAGCCCCGUAGGCGCAGGCUUCAACAUCACUACUUACACCAGACCACAAUACAAAAGAAUGGAGAAGCCCUCUCUCGACCUCGUGGCCAUGUCCACCAACCCAGAUGUCUUCUCGUCAAACAGACUCAUUCUUCAAAAGUGUCCAAUGGCAAGUCCUCACACCUCCAACUCUUCCAGGCAGAAUCCUCAUGCAAAACCCAACCCGCUAACAAACACCAGGUCUGCAGACGGCACAACCCUCUUCACCUCCUCCUCCUCCAACCGAAUCAACACCUUCGUCCUUCCCUCCACCCUCCUCGCGCCCCACGGUGACUCUCCCCUCACCCUCACCCCCCAAGGCACCCUCUACCUCCCCGAACCCACCGCGGCCAUCGCGCCCUGUCCAUACUUCGCCCUCGAACAGCCCUCAACACAAUGCAUUCUGACAGCCAGCACCGACCACCCAAUUCAUUUACACCACGCUUUUCCUCAACCACCAUCAACAUCAUCGUCCCAAUACUCGUCCCUCCACGACGACGACGAUGACUCCACCUUUGGUUUCCCACAGCACAAGCAACAACAACCAAAACCCCUCGCCACCUUCCGCCUCAUCCACGCCGAAACAGAGCGCUACCUCCCCAUCACCUCCCUCCUCUGGUCUUUUCCAGGAACCCACUUCCUCGCCGGCUCCACCAACUGUCUCUCGCUCUUCGACGUCUCCCGACCCGACCUGGGACUCUCCGACACCCCGCUCUUGACCAUCAAAACCACGGGCCCGUCUGCUCAACACAAAUCCGGAAACGGAGCCCGGGUGGUGGGCAUGAAGGGCACAAUCUCCGCGCUGGCGAUGCAACCCUUGAGUCACGGCGAUUAUGGUACCGGGGCCAACGUGGUAAGCGCGGGCACGUGGACGAGAAACUUGGGAUUAUAUGAUUUACAUCGGGCGGGCGCUUGCGUCGCUACUUGGAAUGUUGCGCAGGCUGCUUCCCUGGCAAAGAUAGGGGGUCGGGGGGUGUUACAGACGGUAUGGAGUCCGUGUGGACGGUAUCUGGUGGUGAACGAGCGGGAGUCGAGUGGGCUUUUGGUGUAUGAUUUGAGGGGGACGCAUCGGUUGUUGGCAUGUUUGCGUGGGAGGAAUGGAGAGACGAAUCAGAGGUUGAGUUGUGAUGUUUUCCCGGGGACGAAUGAGGAAGUGGGUGGGUUUGAGGUCUGGGCGGGGACGAGGGACAGCAAGGUGGUGGUUUGGGAAGGGGUCGGAAUGAGGGAGGGGAGUGUCGAGCCGAGUUAUGAUUUCGAGGUGGGUGCGCGGGGGUCGGCGGUAGGCGGGACGGCGAUGCAUAUGAGCGGGUCGGUGUUGGCUACUUGUUCGGGGUCAUGGAAGUUUCCGGAUGAUGAUAGCGAGAGUUCUAGUUCCGAGUCGGAGUCGGAGUCGGAGUCGGAGUCGGAGUCUGGUUCUGAUGACAUUGAGUCAGGGAGCUCCAGCAAUGAGAGUGACUCAGAGGAAGAGGGGAUGGGGACAUCGCAGCAACAACGAGGCAGAGCCAGGCCACCUCCGGCGGUUGUUGAAGAGACCAGUCUGAAGGUAUGGAGUAUUACUGCAGGUAACGUGGUCCAAAGCAGUCAUCAGGAGGAGGUUAAUGAGCCAUACGAGACCUGA